AUGGCUUCACUUCUUAUUGAUCAUUCAAUGCCGAUUACAUUUCCUGGAGAGUACGCAAAGAAGGAACAGGAACUGAGAGAAGACCUGCAUGGAAACGCCUUCUUGCUUCCUAAUGUUCCUAACUGUUCACAGUACACAAAAAGCAACUUCGGAGCUGAGUAUGAGGAUAGUCAUCAAAUGGUAAAGUUCUGCAAGGGAACUACCACCCUUGCCUUUAAAUUUCAGGGAGGAGUGAUUGUAUCAGUCGAUUCGCGAGCUACACAGGGGCAAUUUAUCGCAUCCAACUCCGUUCACAAAGUCAUCGAGAUCAACCCGUUCCUGCUGGGAACGAUGGCAGGAGGCGCUGCUGAUUGCUAUUUCUGGGAGAGACGCAUGGGAGUGGAAGCACGAUUAUAUGAACUCAGAAACGGAGAGCGAAUCUCCGUGGCUGCCGCCAGCAAGAUUUUGUCCGAUUUCUUAUAUCACUACAAGGAUUACGGUCUGAGCGUGGGAACCAUGAUUUGUGGCUGGGACAAAACGGGUCCGCAGAUUUUCUAUGUGGAUAAUGAUGGAACGCGCUUAAAGGCGGACGAGAAGCGCAGCUACUUCUCGGUGGGCUCUGGAAGCUCGUACGCGUACGCCGUGCUCGAUCAGCUCUAUCACUACGAUAUGACGGAUGAUGAAGCGAUUGAUCUCGGUCGACGCGCGAUCUACCACGCCACGCACCGCGAUGCGAUGAGCGGAGGAAUCAACAACGUAUACCUGAUUAAGCCGGAGGGCUGGAGAUUUAUCGGCGCGAUCGACGUGAAGGACCUCCACGAGAUUUACGGACGACACGACUAAAUGAAGAAA